GUCAAUCAAAGAAAUUAAGAGAAAUUAAAGUUCAAUUUUAUGUUAAUUAGAAAACAUCAAUUCUACCUCAGAUAGGUAAUUUUGUGAGGCUGACGAUUUUUACAAAAUUACAUAACAUUUUCACAUCAACUUUGUUCACAUUUAACUACAGAUGGAUUAUUCAAAUUACAAAUCGUGGCACAUUCCACGAGCAUCACUGUCGUCUGGGUCAAGCUCCGGUCAAAGUUCGACUGAAUCAACAAGAAACCUCAAUCGCCAUAAAAGUGACUUUAUCUCCCACAAUAAUCGUAGACUUUGGAAACCUUUCAAUGAAGGUUCACUCGCAUUUCAUUCCCCAAACUCAUCAUCAGCUUCAUCAGUGAAUUCAAAAACUCAAAACCAGAUCGAUCGAAGAAUCAGCACUGGAAAUUUAGAGAAACUUCAUCGAGCUUCGAAAUCAUCACAGGGAUCAUCAUCGGAAGGAAUCAACAGUUUGCAUAGUUCGUCAUCAUUGCUUUUGAGUGUCAGCAACUUGGAGAACUUUACAAAGAUGCAAGAGAGAAGGCCACAAACUAUUAAACAUGAAUUGACUCAACAUUCUCAGAGUCAAUUCAUGUUGAACAUCAAAGAAGCUGUCACACCUCACCAGCAGAAAGCCAAAGACUUUGAUCAAGUUUCAAUUGCAUCUUCAAAUCAUUUCACGGUCGUCAAUGGAUUUGGACGAUCCAAUAUCAAACCGAAAUCGAACUCAUUCUGUCGUCAGGGAAGAGAAAUUACCAUCUUGAUUGUGACUAUGAGUUUACUCUUCAUGAUUGGUAUUCUCGGUGCCAUUUAUCUCAUGGACAGUAAGUUAUGA